AUGGUUCGUCUAACGGUCAUGUGGUUCACUGUUGUGAUUUUUCUCCUCGGUAUUCCAGGAGAUCCCUGUGCCCAGAUCAUUGGAGGAAAAAAAUCAGUUCCACAUUCAAGACCUUUUAUGGCCAAGAUCAAAGACUCAAAGGGGGGCCUUUGUGGGGGGACCCUGAUCAAAUCAAACUGGGUAUUAACAGCAGCUCACUGCAAAAUAACAAACGACACUGAAGUUAUUCUUGGAAUUCAUUCAGAAGAAGACAAAACAAAACAAGUUUUCAAAGUUAAAAAGAACAUUUCUCACCCGAAGUAUAAUAAUGUCACAAAGGAGAAUGACAUUAUGCUUCUUCAGCUUAAUAGAGAAGCACAACUUAACAAGAAUGUUUCCUUCGUCGAGCUUCCUUGGGUGUAUAGUGACCUCGAGCCAGGAACACAGUGUCUGGUAGCUGGUUGGGGGAUUACUGAACGUCCAAGUCCAUCAGAUGUCCUCCGUGAAGUUAAUGUCAGUGUCAUUGCAAGAACCAUCUGCAAUGAUCAAAAGCACUAUAAUUCCACGCCAAUAGUGACAAAGAAUAUGGUCUGUGCUGGUGAUGAGAGAGGAGGCAAGGAUGCAUGUACUGGUGAUUCUGGUGGUCCUUUGAUGUGCAAAGGGGAACAAAGGGGCAUCGUUUCCUUUGGUAAAGAAUGUGGAGAGGCUCAGUAUCCUGGUGUCUACACCCUUCUGACAAAUGAAUAUUCUCUUUGGAUAAAUAGUGUUAUAAAAGGCAAUUAAUAGAAUUAUCAUUUGCUGUUGACAUUCUUUUUUAUUAUAUUCAUUCAUUAUAAUUCCUUUAAGACAAACUUUUCCAGCCUUUUCCCUCCAGAUGUAUUUGACUAGGCACAGAAAAGUAACAGAAAUUUCAGAUAAAUUCAUCUAGAGGAUAACUGAUCAGUUUGGGUAUUUAGGUUUUCUAUUUAAAUGCAAUUUUUUUAACAAAAUUUUCUUUUCCUUUA